UGAGAGCUGACAGACUCCCCCAGUAUCAUCUUAUUGCCCCAAUUGCCCCAAGAUAUUAGGGGACCAGAUAAGUGGUGGACACAUCUUGGACCAAGGACCUUGUAUCUGAGGUGUAGGCUCCACACUUCUCCAAACUUCUCAAAACUGGUUUUCUUUUUAAUUUCCGUUUAAUUUAUUUUUGCCUGGCCCCCAUGGACUUGCUGGCUCAUCCUCUUCGGGAUAUGGAGAUCACAGAGAGCUCCUUAUGCUCCUUCUCAGCAGCAGAUGACUUCUAUGAUGACCCCUGCUUUAAUACUUCUGACAUGCACUUUUUUGAAGACCUGGACCCCAGGCUGGUGCAUGUGAGCUUGCUGAAGCCAGACGACCACCAUCACAAUGAGGAUGAACAUGUCAGGGCACCCAGUGGCCACCACCAGGCAGGUAGAUGCCUCCUCUGGGCUUGCAAAGCUUGCAAGAGGAAAACCACCAAUGCUGACCGCAGGAAGGCAGCCACCAUGAGAGAGAGAAGGAGGCUCAGCAAAGUCAAUGAGGCUUUUGAGACCCUCAAGCGAUGCACCUCCACCAACCCCAACCAAAGACUACCCAAGGUUGAGAUCCUGAGAAAUGCCAUUCGUUAUAUUGAAAGUCUCCAGUCCCUGCUCAGGGACCAGGAAGAUAAUUAUUACCCAGUUCUGGAACAUUACAGUGGGGACUCAGAUGCCUCCAGUCCAAGAUCUAACUGCUCAGAUGGCAUGAUGGAUUUUACUGGACCCCCCUGCAACAUCAGGCGGCGAGAGAGCUACUAUAAUGACACCCCAAAUGAUACGAGGCAUGGCAAGAAUUCGGUGAUCUCCAGUUUAGACUGCCUGUCCAGCAUCGUGGAAAGAAUCUCCACAGAGACCCCCACUUGCACAGUACUUCCAGCUGUGGAAAGUGGAUCUGAAGGCAGUCCCUGUUCUCCCCUCCAGGGGGAGACACUGAGUGAGAGAGAAAUCACCAUCCCCUCUCCCAACACCACCUGCUCACAGCUGACCCCAGACAGCAGCAGUUCCAUUUACCAAGUGUUAUAAAUGCAAGAAAAAAAAACUGCAACAUUCUAAUAACCAAAGACUAAGGAAUUAUAGACUGAAACAAUUUCCACUUCUCGAGCUUCUUUAAGAAUUCCUUCAGGAAACCAAGCGAACGACGAGAGUUCUCACCAAUACCUAUUUAUUAUUCUCAUUUCCAAAAAACAAUGUAUCUACCGGGUUUUUCUUUUAUUCCAAUUCUAUUGUAAAUACAAAUAAUCCAAAAAGAAAAAAAAAGCUCAAAUGCCAAUUUCGUUCCAAAUCUGUAUGUAGUAGAAAUGGUGAUUAACCCUUUCAGUUGCUUCCUGCUACAUGAGCUGAGACAGGUUAAUAGUGAACUUAAAGUGGGGAGGGGGGGGCUUGUGUGCGUGUUUUUAGUAUUUUGGGGGGACUGUUCGUCCGCUAGAGAGGUCUUAACAUCUGUAAUAAGAACCGGAGCGCCCAUUAUCCUUUAGGCUGCCACAAGAAGUUCUGCAGCAGCUGGGGCUUUCCUCUCCUCGCCAGGAGUCUGAAAUCCGAGCGAGCCAGAAUCAUUUGAAACCCAUGUCAAGAAAAGGCAGGAAAAAAACCCAAAAACCCACUCAUUUGCUGGAAAACGAGAUGCAAGCUUAAAAUGACGAUUUUAUUGUAAUAAUAUUAUUAUUAUUGUAUUUCCCUCGUUAAGUCUAAAAAAAUCCGUUUUGUGGACCAGUUUUGUAAAACUUUUAUAUACGUGUAAAUAAGAUUUGCCAUGCAAAGUAAGGAAGGUCAGAUAUUUAAUAUGGCUUAGUUUGUUGUGACAAAUGUUAACUUUAUAUAUUUAUACAGCGUGAAUGCCGGAAUGUUUCCAAUAGUAUUCUAAAUAAAGAACCUUAUUUAUAAA